CAAAUCACCAGUGCAGUACGCUAUAGACGUCCGGAUUGGACGUACGCGGUAUAGUGUCACCAACGACGUCUCUAAUGCAAUUGUUAACGCUAGUGAUGAACGAUUAGUUUCGUGAGAAGAUUUUUAUAUUUAAAAGUUAUAUAUAUAUAACCAGUAACAAUGAGACUCGAUGAAAAAAAAGGUUCCAUCGUCUUGGACAACUUUAAUUCGACGGCUAAUUUAGCGUCGAAUCCAGGUUUUCAAUCGACGCUGAGCCUCGGCUCAAAGGAAGUUAUCAAUGAAAAGGCGUACAAUCCGUUCGAGCACAGAAAAGUAGAGCAUCCUAACUCAACGAUCGGGUCGUUGGUGCACUUACUGAAGUCUUCUUUGGGCUCAGGCAUUCUGGCAAUGCCGGCGGCCUUCAAGAAUGCAGGUCUUAUCAUUGGAGGCAUUGGGACAUUCGUAGUCGGAUUCAUUUGUACGCAUUGCGUUUAUAUUUUGGUGAAAACGUCGCAAGAAGUAUGUGUGGACGCUAAGAAACCUUCAAUGGGCUUUGCGGAGACUUGCGGUGCGGCUUUUGAAUUUGGACCUAAACCAUUACGACCUUGGGCUAAUUUUGCUAGGACCUUUGUGGAUUACGCAUUAACGUGUACUUACUUGGCCGCACUUUGCGUUUACAUUGUAUUCAUUGCUGAGAACUUCAAAGAGGUCUUAGAUGUAUACGCACCGGAAUACAAAUUAUCCGUGGAGACAUACUGCGCCCUGACAUUAGUGCCUCUAGUACUGAUCUGUCAGAUACGAAACUUGAAAUGGCUGGUACCAUUCUCUGCGAUAGCCAAUGUACUGCUCGUCAUUUGCUUCGCGAUCACUAUGUAUUAUAUCUUCGAAGAUCUACCUAAUCCGGCUGAAAGAGAGAUGGCAGCGAGUUUUACUCAAUGGCCACUGUUCAUGAGUACUGUGAUAUUUGCGAUGGAGGGCAUCGGUGUGGUGAUGCCGGUGGAGAACGAGAUGGCCAAGCCGGAGCAAUUCCUCGGUUGUCCGGGUGUACUCAACGUCGCUAUGACCAUUGUCAUCAGUCUCUACGGCGUUGUCGGCUUCUUCGGUUACAUCAGAUUCGGUGAUGAUGUCCGUGGAAGUGUCACACUAAAUCUACCACAAGAUGAAUUGUUGGCGCAAAGUGCAAAGAUUCUGAUGGCUUUGGCGAUCCUCUUCACAUACAGCCUGCAAUUCUACGUGCCCAUGGAGAUGAUCUGGCGGCAGAUUCACCACAAAAUAUCAGUCAAAUAUCAUAACAUCACCCAGAUAUCCAUUCGCACGGCUGCAGUUGUUGGUUCAGUUGCGCUGGCCGCGGCUUUUCCUGACCUCGAGUUAUUCAUCAGUCUUUGCGGUGCCAUCUUUCUGUCCAGUCUCGGUCUCCUCAUCCCAGCCGUGGUCGAGACCGUCCAUAAAUGGGACCGCGGUCUCGGUCAAUUCAACUGGAUCCUCUGGAAGAACAGCUUCAUCGCGAUCAUGUCUCUCGUUGCUCUCUUCGCCGGGUCUUACGUCUCUAUAACUGGUAUCGUAGAAAAAUUUAACGAACCAGUUCUCGAAAAACUAUUAAACGGUACUUUGAAUAGAGUAAAUGAGACUUUAGUGUCAACUUUAGAAAAUUAAUACAGAAAUUAUUAAUAGUAAUAACUAUGAA